UUUUCUUCUUUGAAAUUGUCUGAAGAAUUGAAGUGGGCUCUUCAAGAGAAAAAGCCCAUCGUUUCUCUUGAAUCUACAAUCAUUACCCAUGGUUUACCUUAUCCACAAAACCUUCAAAUGGCUAAAAGAGUGGAACAAGAGAUAAGAACUCACGGAGCCAUCCCAGCAACUACUGCAUUUAUAAAUGGUGUUCCUAAAGUGGGAUUGACUGAUUUUGAAUUGGAAAUGCUGGCUAAUUCGUCAAAUGCAACCAAAGUUUCAAGAAGAGAUAUACCAUACGUUAUGAGUCAAAGGUUGAAUGGAGGUACCACAAUUAGUGGUACAAUGAUCCUAUCAAAUAGAGCAGGUAUAAAAGUUUUUGCAACUGGUGGUCUUGGAGGUGUCCAUAGAGAUGGUGAAAAUACAAUGGAUAUCAGUGCAGAUCUUGAUGAAUUAGGUAAAACUCCAGUAGCUGUUGUUUGUGCAGGACCAAAGUCAAUAUUGGAUAUCGAAAGAACAAUGGAAUAUUUGGAGACAAAGGGUGUAUUUGUUGGGACAUAUGGACCAGAGGGGACAAACGUUCCUGGGUUUUACACUAGAGAUUCUGGGGUUGCAUCUGUUUAUAAUUUUCAAGAUUUCCAAAUGGCUGCUAAUAUAAUAAAACAAGGAGAAUCCUUACAACUAAAUUCAGGAUUAUUAUUUUGCAUACCACCUCCAAAAGAAAUUGCAAUGGAUGGUGAAUUUAUUAAUAAGAUUAUAGAUCAAGCUAAUUAUGAUGCAGUUAAAUUGGGAAUAAAAGGUAAAAAAAUUACACCAUUCAUGUUAAGCAGAAUUGCAGAAGCUACCAAGGGUGAAAGUGUUAAAACAAACAUCGAAUUUGUUUUGAACAAUGCUAGAGCCGCAACUAAUAUUGCUAUUGAGUACUCAAAAUUAAAUGGGGGAAAUGUUGACAGUCUAAAUCCAUAUGAAACAAAACCUUCGACGACAGCACAAUCAAUGGUAAUUGGUUCAGUUGCAUUGGAUACUUCAUGCUUAUCAAACUCUGAGUCAAUUAUGCUGAAUGAUUCGAACCCAUCCACAAUAAAAUCUUCAAUCGGUGGUGUCGGUUUUAAUGUUGCAAUGGAGUCCAUAAAAUCUGGUAAUGAUAGUUUAAAAUUUGUAUCAAGUGUUGGUGAUGAUGCUCAAGGAGACAAAAUUCUGAAAAGUAUUGAUAUGAAUCAUGCAAUUGAGGUUCAACAUAAUAGUUCAACAUCUCAAUAUAUUUCCUUUCAUGAUGGUAAAGGUGAUCUAGUUGUCGCGGCUGCAGAUAUGGGUAUUAUCGAAACCAUCAGUAAUGAUCAUAUUGAAAAGCAAUUGAAAGAUACAAAACCAGUAGUUUUAUUAAUGGAUGCAAAUAUUUCAUCAUCAUCUAUGCAAAAAAUUAUGAAUCUCAGUCAAGACCACAGUUUUAAAGUUAUCUUUGAACCAACAUCUUCUCCAAAGGCAAAGAGAUUGAGUGAAGUUGAAUUGAAACCAUUUCCAGAGUGUUCAAUCCUAUUGAGCACACCAACGUUUGCUGAGCUGAGGUCAAUAUAUGAUUCUUUUGAGGAAUCAGGUAAAUUUGAACUUGACAAUUGGUUUCCUAUAAUAGAUGCAUUAGGUGUUGAUAAAACAUUAAAGCACAAAGUGGAGUCUGCGUCUAUGAGAAAUCCAUUUUAUAAAAGUAUCAUCAAGGAUGGAAUUUUACAAACAGGGGUCAGCUUAUUACCUUUUAUAAAACAUUUGGUUAUUAAAGAUGGUGCAAAUGGAGUUUUCCAUCUUUCAAUUCAUGAGGAUAUUCAGCAAAUAACCCCAAAUCCAGCUGCCGAUUUGUCACUUUCCAGUAAGGGCCAAAACAAUUUGGGUGUUCUUUUGGAGCAUUAUAGUGUUCCAUCGGUGCUUGAUAAUUUGAGUAAUGUGACUGGUGCUGGUGAUGCUCUUGCCGGAUCCUUAUUGUCUGCGCUGUCGGUGAAUUCAGAUGUUCUUUCA